AUGGAAGCUGAUAGAGUAUCUCACGAUAUUCGAAAUGUCGCUGAGAGAUUGAUCUCACUUGACCCUGAGCAAUAUAACGAUGCUCUCAAUCAAUACUUCGAAGAUAACGUCAACUAUAUCUCUCGCGGUGUAUCUCUUCGAGGUCUCAAUGAAUUCAAGAAAUACUUGAACAUCGGUUCAGCUAUAUCAUUCGACAGUCAUUUGGUCGGUCAACCGUACUACGACGCGAAUAAAAGGGUUGCCAGAUUCGCUUUCUCAAGAACAAUCUACUCCCCAACUGUCCCUCAAUGGGUCCCCCUUGCUGAACCAAUCAACAGAUUCCUCGUCAGACAACACAUUAGACCGGUCUUUGACACCGAAUUGCACCUUGCUAAGAAAGGUCAAGAGACCGACGAUGGUCCACGAUAUGUCAUCAGUCAAGUUGGACCUACUGAAAGACGAGGUGCUACCUUGAUUGAAAAGCUCCUUCCAUACCUCUUACUCCGACCCUUUAUCACAUUUGCUGUUCUUGCUUUCGCCAAUAUUCUUGGUUUCUUCCAAAGACACCCGGUCAACCAGGAGAACCCGGUCAAGAUCACCCUCGCCGCUGUAGCUGAAAGCUGGGCUGGAUGGAGAAAUCAACCUAUCGACCGUGAACAUUAUCCUCGGACCAUCAAACAAGCUCAAGUCUUGAGCGAAAAGAUUGGUCAAGUCGUUACUCAAGCUCUCGAUUUCACUCAACAGACCGCUCAUAACGCUAACGAACGAGCUCGAGAACUUGGCCUUCCCGUUGAUCAGACUCAACACUACAUCGAGCUCGGUCUCAACGCUCCCGGUGCCGCCAUAGUCACCGCUGGUACUGUCGCCGGUAACGUUGCGGCAACCGCUCUCCAAACUGCUGUGGUACUCGAACAAUCCACUAUCAACGCUGUCUCCACCCUUGCACUCAACGCAGUGGGUCUCGCUUCCGGUGCCGUUCAUCUCGUCGAAGGUCAAGCCAAGGAAUUGGGUGUUCCAGUCGACGAGUAUCGCGAGUUGAACUACAAAAGAGCUCAAGAAGUUGGCGAAUUGUUUGGUGUCGUCAAGGCCAAAGCUGAAGAACAAGGUCGCAAAGGUGCUCGAGCUGCUUUACAAGUCGGCGUCGUCGCUGAGCAGGGUGUUCGAGAAAGUGCUCAAGCUGCCGAACGAUUGGCCGAUCGAGGUAUUGAUAAGGUCCGACGAGGCGUUGAACAUGGCGCCGAUGCUACUCAAAGAUACGCCCAAACUGUCAAAGACAACGCUCGCCCAUCCGCCGAUCAUGCCAAAGACAAAUUGGACGUGGUCAUGCCAGAUGAAGUCAGCAAUGACGAGACUUACAUCGCUCGAGUUUCAGCUGAAGGUAUUGAUCCCACUGCACCUCUAGCUCCUUCUUACGCUCAAAUCGCUCACGAUUAA